AUGUAUUUAGUAACCCAGGAUCAGAGAAGAAAGUGGGUGGUUUUGGACAGUGACACCCCCGCGCUCAAUAAGCUGACCGUGCUUGGAGUUCUGGAGAUUCCCGACCACUUGAACAGCUCGUCCAUCAGACAGGCCCGGGAGGUGCCAGUAUACAACACGGUGGUGGUGGACGCCGUCUACAUCUCCAUCCAGGGCGGCAGGCUGAUCGCAGGCUGGGACGACGAGCCGUUCAGAGGUCAGCUGACCAUCAAACUGAGAGGAAAGCACAGCACCCCUGACUGGCCCCUGCCCAACGGACCCAACCAGGGCUCCAAAGUGCUGGGUGUGUUUGGUAUCCUGGACCUGUAUGGACUCCCUCCCAGUGUUUACCACACCAAGCUGGGCUCCACUGCUGCGGCUGGAUCCAACACUCUGACCCUGUCGCAGGCUGUCGACUGGCAGGUUGGAGACGAGGUGGUCAUCUCCACCACCAGCUACAGCGCCUGGGAGACGGAGAAACGCCAGAUCACAGACGUGUCCGCAGACGGACUCAUACUGACCCUGAACCAGCCUUUGACCCACGCUCACAUUGGUGACACUCACUCCGGGGACUCGUUCUCCUACACCCUGGCGGCGGACGUGGGACUGGUCAGCAGGAACAUUAAGAUCGUGGGAGAGGAGUACGCAGAGAUGAUGGACGAGUCGUUCGGGGCCAGACUGCUGGUGGGCUCCUACUCCUGGGAGGGGAUCGACUACAGAGGAAAGGCUCAGAUCAGAAAUGUGGAGUUCCUCCGCUCGGGUCAGGAAGGCUGGACCGACUACUCCGACCCCCGAUACUCUGUGGCCUUCCUCAACCUGGGAGAGGUUUCAGAUACGGACUCGUACCUCCAGGGUUGUGCGUUCCAUGACGGCUUCUCUCCGGCCAUCGGAGUGUUCGGGACAGCCGGACUGAGCGUCGACGAUAACAUCGUCCACCGCACUGUGGGAGAAGGUAUCAGAAUCUGGGGUGACAGGACCACGGUGAGGAGGAACCUCGUGAUGAUGACCAUGUGGCCCGGGUCCUAUCAGGACAGAGAGGAGUCCUUCAACUAUGCCUGGAACGCUGCCAUCGAGGUCAACGAGGGGACAAACGUGGUCCUGCAGCAUAACAUCGUGGCCGGAUACGAGAGAGUCGCUUAUCGCAUCGAUGGAGAGCCAUGUCCAGGAUAUUUGAACAACAAUGAGAGGUGGAUGAACAACGAGGCUCACGGCGGUCUGUUCGGAGUCUACAUGAACAAAGACGGUCUGCCCGGCUGCAGCCUCAUCCAGAGCUUUUUCAUCUGGAAGAGCUUCGACUACGCCAUCUACUUCCAGAUCCCCAUGAGUGUGGUCAUUGCCAACGUGACCCUGGUGGACAACGGGAUGGGCAUCAUGCCUUUCGUCUACGGCCCCCCCUCUCUCUCCCAUGCAUACGCUGAUAAGACUGUACACGUUCAGAAUGCCUUGAUUGUUGGCAGCAGCCCGAGCUUCAACUGUUCCUCCACGUUGCCAGGCAGCGACUUUAAUAUAGUCAACAGUGGCAACAGCCGGGCCCCGAGACCCCCCACAGGCGGAAGAUCUGGAAUCUGUUGGCCCAAUUUCCUAUCCAGCCACAACACCGCUCCAAAAAAGCCCCAUCAUAUAAACAUGGCGUACAACUCCAUCAAAGGACUGAUGACAGUCAGAGACACAACAUUCGUCAAUUUCGGGACAGUCUGCUCCGGAGAAAUAAACGUUGCGUUCAUGACCAACCCGCUGAACGAGGACCUGCAGCACCCUGUGCACGUGUCAGACAUCACCAUGAUCGACAGCCAAGAGGAAGGCAAACUCUUCAUCCACAGGCCUGACGUCAGCAAAGCGAACCCGUCUGACUGUGUGGACAUGGACUGCGACGCGAAGAAGAAGACGCUGCUGCAGGACCUGGACGGAUCCUUCCUCGGGGCCGUGGGUGCCGUGGUGCCUCAGUCUGAGUAUGAGUGGGGGGGUGAUACCAGGAGAGGCCUGGGCGACUACCGCAUCCCCAAAGUGAUGCUCACUCACCCCAACGGCAGCCGCAUCCCCGUGGACCACAUCGCUCCGUACAAAGGUGUGAUCAGGGAGGACUGCACCUUCAUGACCUCCUGGCAGAGCUACAAGUGUUUCGGGCUGAACUACAGGAUGCUGGUGAUCGAGAGUCUGGACGCUGACUCGGAGACCAGACGCCUGUCCCCCGUCGCUCUGCUCGGGGACAAAUUCAUCGAUCUGAUCAACGGUCCUCAGGAUCACGGGUGGUGUUCGGGCUACACCUGCCAGAAGAGGGUCUCUCUCUUCCACACCAUCAUCGCCACCGGACACUCCUUCGACGUCUUCUUCUCCAGCGUCAGCCCUCAGAAACUCCGCCUCAUGAUGCUCCAAGCUAAACCGUCUGAGAGCGUUAUGGUGUCAAUCUUCUACUCCAAGCCGCAGCGGUUGGAUGUGUACGUCAAUAAUGAACUGGUUCCUCCAACUAACGCUAAGUGGAACGAUGAUAACACUGACUACACCCUGAAGAAGCCCCUCGCACCAGGUCAAUACAUCCCUUCGCUGAAUGGCACUGACGGCAACAACUACUUCGACCGGGAGAACAAGAUGCUGAAGGUGGUGGUGAAGGGCUCCCAGCCGGUGGAGAUCCGCACCGCCCCCGUCCUCGUCAUCUCCUUCGAUCUGCCCGCCAUGACGGAGGCUGAGUUCUUCGGAGACGACCUGAUUAAUAACCUCGCUAUAUUCCUCAAAGUUCCCGCAAACAUGAUCCGCAUCACCAACAUCAUCCGGGAGGACGGAGGCGCCCGGCGCAGGAAGAGGUCCACCGGCCUGAAGGUGGAGCUGGAGAUCAAGAAGCCUCCCGUACAGCAAACCUCCAACACCACCGACGAUGAGCAGGACUUCACGCUGUUGAAGAGCAUCGCUGAUGAUCUGGGUCAGGCAGCGGUUUCCGGAAACCUCGGUAGCUCCAUCGGCUUCAACGUGUCCUCCAUGGGCGUCAUCCAACCCCCCCCACCAGCCUCUGACCCCACUUGGAAGGAGACAGCCGAAGAGGAGGUGACGAGGGAAGAGGCCCCCGUGAGCUACGUGUCCAGCGUCAGCGACCUGCUGCUGGUGGAGGAGCCCCUCACCGGGGAGUUUGUGGGACCCCUGCACCAGCAGCCCAGUCUCAUGGCUGUGGACGAGCUGGGUAACUGUGUCUCUGUGGGAGUCACCAGCCUCGCUGUGACCGCCAGCCUGAAGGACUCCAGUGGGAACGCUGUGGACGGACUGGUGGGAAACACCUCCAUCCUGUUCAGCACCUGCUGGGCCAACUUCACCGACCUCUCCAUCCAGAACAGCGGUGAGAACCUGACCAUGGUCUUCACUCUGAAGCAGUGGGACGCUGAAUCACGCGCCAUCACUGUUGAAGACCUCCCCACUACCCAGGCCCCGUCCACUACCAUCAUCCCCACCGACGCCCCAGAGACCACCCCCGAGACCCCAGAGACCACCCCCGAUGACAGCCUGUUCGGCUCCAGCACCACGGUGACCGCCAACAGCCUGUGCCUGGUCAGCGUCAUCUACACGGUGGCCUGCUGCUCCGACGGCAUCCCCAUAUGUUAGAGAGGAUCCCUCACAUUCAGAUUAACACCGGGUUGUCUGCUGAAUAAAAAAAGAUCCUUAAAUAUAUUACACACAUGGCUGUUUUUUUCUAUUUCUGUGUUACA